UUAGCAGACAUACUUAUUAAAGGGACCCUUGAAGCAUCCUGGGGUUAAAUGCCGUAAGUGCUCAAACAAGCAACCUUUCGAUUAUUAGAUUUCAGCUGGAACCAUUAAGUCACACCAGACUCCAUGGACAGUAUGUGGACACAAAUUAAAUUUUGGAGUAAACCAAGCAAUGUCACAGUGAGCCAUUAUAUUUUAAUACAUCUUUGUAACGUACAUCUUUCAAGCAUGUAAACCUGCAAGUCUACAGAUGAACUACACAGAGACUUUUCAAUGCGUAAUGUGGGUGAUAUGGCAUGAUGUCAUGUUUUGUGGGUUCCUGUAGGAUGACGUCACGUUCUGUGGGUUAAUACAACAUCGUGUAUGUGUGUGUGUGUGUGUGUGUGUGUGUGUGUGAGUGAGAGAGAGAGAGAGAGAGAGAGAGAGAGAGAGAGAGAGAGAGAGAGGUGAGGCCACGCAUGCGCAGCAGGUCUUGAUCCUGACAGGCGAUUCAGUGCAGCAUUCCCGUUUCCAAACGCACAGAAGCGCUGCUUUUUACAUCGCGCUACCCCUUUCAGACAUUGAAACCGGAGGGAACACGCUGGUAAAGAAUAAACCCCUAAACAUGUCCGUGGGCAAUGACUUUGGAAACCCUUUAAGGAAAUUCAAACUCGUCUUUCUUGGAGAGCAAAGCGUGGGGAAGACGUCCCUGAUCACACGCUUCAUGUACGACAGCUUUGACAACACAUAUCAGGCGACAAUUGGAAUCGACUUCCUGUCAAAAACCAUGUAUUUGGAGGACAGAACGUCGGGUGUUUCUGACUUGCAGGUUCGGUUGCAGUUGUGGGACACAGCAGGGCAGGAACGUUUCAGAAGCCUUAUCCCAAGUUAUAUACGAGAUUCCACUGUAGCUGUGGUGGUGUAUGAUAUCACAAAUGUGAAUUCAUUCCAGCAAACUUCCAAAUGGAUCGAUGAUGUCAGAACGGAGAGAGGAAGUGAUGUCAUCAUCAUGCUUGUGGGCAAUAAAACAGAUCUGGCAGAUAAGAGGCAAAUCACUAUUGAGGAAGGCGAGCAGCGGGCCAAAGAGUUGAGCGUAAUGUUUAUCGAGACCAGUGCUAAGACAGGCUACAAUGUCAAACAGCUGUUUCGACGUGUGGCAGCUGCCCUCCCAGGAAUGGAGAGCAUGCAGGAGACAAGCAAAGAAGGCAUGAUUGACAUUAAACUGGACAAACCACAGGAGCCUCCAACUACUGAGGGCGGAUGUUCCUGUUAAUAGCCCAUGUCUGAUCUACAGCAUCAUUUACACCACAUGCUUGUUGUGUUGCUUCCUCUUGGUUAGCUUCCAGUUGUGUUUUUAGAUUGGAUAUUUGGCCUUCACAUCUGACUUUCAGUAACUGGUUGGAAUCAGUGUUACAUCAGUUUCAAUUGUAAAAUAGUAUUCUUUAUUAAUAUUUUAUAAAAAUUUGAAAAAUUUAGGGCAAAAAUCAACAAAAAGUCAGCUAUUUCCAACAUGUAUACUUUUUGAAAAUGUAGAAAGGUAGAUUUUUUUCCCCCCUUGUUUUGUAUUUUUGUAUAUAAGGAAAAGCACUGAAACAGAUGCUGACAAGACCAUAAAAAGCAAGAUUAGAGCAAAGACAUCAAAAGCAAGAGGGCAAUUUAAACAAAAAAUCGCAUAAUGAAAAUAGAGCAAGCAUGCAUGUCAGCCAUUUUUUAAAAUAUCAUCUCAAUCCUGCUGGCUACUUUCAUCAAAACAACUUAAUUCAGCCUUUUUUGCUUUUCUUUUUCUCUCCGUGAAACCAAACUCAAAAGUUUGGGUUUCAGGCAAGGCUUUUGUCCGUGUAAGUUUGUGUAAAUAUACUUGACUGUGUCAUUUCAGAUCUCCCAAAUAUUUGCCAUAUUCCAGUGUGAAUGUCAUUUAUAUGUUUGUGUACAGUGUGUCAAAUUUGAUUGAGUUUAUUGAAUGUUUACAGCAAAUCUUAUGAUUUCCUCCUCGUAGUGGAAUUCUAGCAAACAGCUUGCAUUCAAUGGGCAAGCUUCAAAUGAAACUAUAGCCUGAUAACAAGGAAUGCUCCACACUCUUCUGUAGAAUGUUUCUUAAUCUUUAACUCAAUAGUAGGCCAUUUAGUGUAUCGCAGAUAGCUGAAGGACUUAACAUGUGACAGUGAAGCAAAUUACGCACAUCUAAACUUAGUCAAUCCACACAAUUCCACACCGAUUUAUUGAGCAUUGUCAAAUUCUAUAUUCAAACAGGCUUUAAUAUCAGAAAUUCAAAGAUGGGACAUUCUCUCUCAAAAAAAAAAAAAAAAAAAAAACUAUAGUUCACUUUUAAGAGUUAGCAUUAUGCAGCAUUAUAGUGUUUGCCUUGUGUAGGGAUGCACUCAUGUCUACAGCUGCUCUUUGGGCCAGUAAAUUGUAGUGCACUGACCAGGAGGACAUGCGUAUAUCAAUUAAUUUGAAAUGUAUUUCAUGUGAAUCCUUAAAGCACUUUUUCAAGAAAGAUGUAAAUGUUCAAAAAUUGCUGUCAAAUGUCUGUGCUUAAAUAUCACUUUAGAGGUAAAACUGUAGCGUACAUUUCUAUGAAAACCUUGUGGGUCACUGCACAGAUAAACUAUUUGUAAAGUUGCAUCACAUAACGGCAGACAAAAGUUGAGACUAGCUUUGUGUGACAGAGAGGAAAUGUUGGAGUUGUGUUGGAGCGCUUGAAAUAAGCGCAUAUACGUAUGACUUCUUUGUCGGGAAUGGUACCAUAUAAAGCAAAGUAUGUGUUGAAAUACUAGUUUAUUCCUAUUAAAUCCAGCAGCAUUUUGUUGAAAUGGGAUAUAAAUUAUGCUGGACUUAAGUGACUAGUGACUCAUCCAUCACAGUAAAACCCCUUGCUUUCUGCCUAUGGAUUUGACAGUCUCUGUUUUAUAUGCCUGAUCUGCUUUUAAUGCAUCUUUUAGAUGCCCCUUUUAACCCUUAAUAUAGAAAGACAUGAAUAAUAGUGGCCAGACAUUCCAUGGAAACUGUAAAGGGAAAAUCAGACCUUGUGAUAGCCUGGGCUGGGGUUAUCACUCCUAGUGUCGGUUUGUCUGUGACGGUGCCUUCUCAGAUCAAAGAGAGGUGCAGAGAGAUGCCACUUUAGCAGUCUAUCAAUGGCUUUGAGAAUGUGUAAACAGGAUUGGGGUAUUUAUUGACUGGUGACAUUUUGUUACGAUUUUCUUUAGUCAUUAUAGACUAUCUUAUCGUUAUCUUAUCAAAUUAGGUUCUCAUUUGGAUUAAAAUGGGGUGCAGAUCCGCUCCAUGUAUGGAAUCAUAUCAUCAGUAUAUCUGUAUACCGGUAGUCAUUGUGAUAUUGGCAUGACGCUGCAUCAGCCUUGGGUGAAUGUCUGUGUGUGAGUUGAGUCAUGCUUUUGAGGGUGCAACCAUUCCCAGUGUAUACAGUAUGUUUUAGCUCAGUGGAGCCAGCCUGAUUGAUUCAGAGCUACAGUAGCUGUUUCAUUUACACUGUAUAGAAAUCUAGCAUGUUGGUCCAAAUCAGUAAAAUCAAUAAAAGUGUCUUAUUACCA